ACUCAAGAGUACAAGCCCCGCCCACCGCACGAACAACGCUGUUUGCUCCGGUAGAGAAACACUUGAAUACACUUCAAAGACACGCAUUUCUCGGACAUUUUCUCCGGAGAGCCCUUUCGUGUAGGAAAAUGCAUUCGGGUCAGCUUGAGAAAACGGGUUCACUGAGGAAACGGACUCUCUCUCGAGGGAUGAGCGAAGACGAGUCUCUUCGGCACAUAAUCAGAGAGGCAGAAGAGUCGAGCAGACACCUGUCACGCAGCGACAGCAGAUACGGCUCGUUAAAAAGAGGACAAAGAGAAGAAAGCCAAAGUGAAGAUGAGCCGCUUUCUGAGAACAUAGAAAUGACGGAUGAGGACUGUGUGCAGGAGCUGCGGACGCUCUCGCUCCAGCAGGACGCUCUUCUGUUCCAGGUGGACUGUCUUCAGGACGCGCUCGAGGGCGCGGAGGAGAUGCUCGCCGAAACACAGAGAGAGACGCAUCAGCUCACCAUGGAGCUGGAGCGAGAGAGAACGAUGAGGAGGAAGCUGGAGGACAUGCUUGCCUCAUUAAUGCAGGAGAUGGAGAGGUUAAGAGAGGAAAGAAAAGCUGAGCAGCUUCAGGCGAGACAUGCGGGGCCUGUCUGGAUUCAGGGAACUCCAGAAGGAACUUCGGUGGACCGAGAGGAAACGCCGCUCUCAGACAGCAGAGGCGCUCCAGCGCAUCUGAAUGCAGCCCCAGUGUUACAUUUGAAAAAAUUGGUCAACCAUUCAUUGAGUCAAUCAGUGUCUGAUAAUCAAAGGCAUGAAGCUCCGGCUGGGGAGGAUAAUGAUGAGAGCAGUGGCUAUGAGGACGCGCCGUCAGAGUUCUCGCCCUGUCCGUCCACUCCAGACUUAGACGAAGAUGAUGGGAUGAAUACUGGGCAGCCCAGGAUCCGUUCAAAUGAAGAUUCUUGUGCUCUCUCUUGAGUCAUUUCUAAAAAGGUUCUGAUGAA